AUGUCCGACUCUGAAGAUUCGUACGGAGGGUACGACCUCUCAGAGUUUACCGAAGAGGACUUUGCUCGCAUUGAUGCUGCAAUAUCCAAUAUUUCGACGCCCCCACCGAUAACCUCGCCGCCAAACGGAGGUCCGAAGCUUGCAAUCACCCUGGAGUUAUCGCUUCCUGAUUGCCCAGCGGAAGUUGGCUCCUCAAGUAACGACACCGUUACCCCAAUCUCACUCGACAAAACCGUCACUGUGUCUGAGAAUAGCCCCCUACGCCGAUUUCGAAGAAAGGGGUUCCUUUCCGUAACAGAUUUGGUGUCACCAGCAUGGUGUGAACUUCAGUUUGAUUAUGGAUUGCGGCAGAAGCGGUUCCUGAAGCCCCAGCAUCGACCCAAGUCGUUUGUUUCGGGCUCAGGGAAAGAGAUAAUGGUGCAGCAAGCUAUCGCACAAGAAAACUUCCAAGUUCAAAAGAAGGGCCAUUCUGUACACAAGGCCCUUGAGCGUGAAGUUAAGCCAGAGGCAAUACCCAUCCGCGUCAGAACAGAGGAAGAACGAUGGGCUCUAAGACUUGUCAAUAUGAUGGCAUGCUUUGAAUCCCUUAAGCUUCUUGGGCUUGCACGUGAAAUCCCUAUAUUUGGGAUUGUGGAUGGUCAAGUCGUCGUAGGCAUCAUCGAUGAACUCACGCGACUGCAAGUCACCGAGGAGGGAACUUCUUCGAAACGCGGCUCCGACUACGGGCAAGAAACUCCUCGGAAAAGACACAAGUCACCCUCUGACGAGGCACGAACAUCUGAGGAGUCGACCCCCGCGCUCUCCAUCCUCGAUCUGCUGGUCCAACAAAGCAGCGAUCCACCUAAGUCACCGAAAUGGAAAGCAACGGCUCCACCCCGCCGGACUCCCCUGUACAUGCUGCACGUCCUCGACACAAAGUCUAGACGCACGGACUCGCUGCCUCCGCACGCAGACACACUUCCAUCCCGACUCCAAGUAAUGCUAUACCACCGUUUAUUAGACAAUAUCCUCACCGCGCCCACCGGCGGCACGUUCGACAUCAACGAAAUAUGGAAGAAACUCGAUUUGGAUCCGUUCAAACCGUUCUCCGAUGAAUUCUUAGUCCAAGCAGGGUUAAUCCCUGACUUUGACGACGAACGUGUCCCCCAACCAACCGCGAACUGCCUUGACAAGCUAGUUCACACUUGGCAUCACACAGUGGCCGAUUUAGAGGUCAUUGGUGUGUCGCCGUUGCUGGAAUUGGUCUAUCGCAAGCAACCGCAAAGUCGCAAAGGCAAGGAACGCUGGAGCAAAGCCACCGAAAUCAAUAUCACGGUGUCCAAAGAGGAUGUUGCCGAUCAAGAAGAAGAGAAGAGCAUAGCGGCGGCAAUCCUCGCCAGCAUCUCUGAAUCCAGCGUGGAGGAAGACAAUCAGCUGACUCUAGCCAUUCAGGCCAGCCUCGAGUCGUAUGGGCGAGAGCGAGACGGAAUAACGGGCGACGGACCGUCGAAUAUCGAUGAAUCUGCUAAUAUGCAGAGCAGCAGCGUGGUACAUGCCGCAGAAGUUGUGCCUGCCGCCGCUACGGGAAGCAUGCCUUCGGCUCCGCGGGUAGGGUCGCCCUCGCUCGCUGGCACGCCACCCCCAGUUGCUCCCGCAUUAGCUACUCCCCUCCCGACGGCCAUUCAACGCGAAGACACCUUGCCCGCAAUCGCCGAAGGGCCGGUUCACAAUUUGACUGAUGCAGUAGAGUCGAAGGGAUAUAUCAUAGGGACCAAGAAGUUCCUCAUGGACGAUAUUUUACUCGAUGAAUACCUCAGGGGUGUUCUUGACUGGUGGCGAGGGCACCGAGAGGCGCGAGGCGUUGCCGAGUCGGAGGUUAAGCGAUGCAAUACAUGUGAGUAUUGCGACGGAUGCGAGUGGCGAGAAGCGAAGGCCACUGAGAUGCAAGCUACGAUGCAAUCUCGUCGGGAAGCUUCAUGA